AGAGCAUGCGAUUUUUACAUAUCGUAGCGUUGACGAUUGUUUUUUGCAGCUUCGCUGAUGCGUUGAAGAUCAAGAAGUCUAAAAAAGAGCCGACCUACAUACAAGUACCGCCUGAAGUAGAAGGUGGAUCUCCACGUUAUGUCAAGGCACCAAAGGUCCUUACCGAAUACGAUAAAUGCAAAAUGGAAUGCAGACGGCAAAGGGAUGCGGUGAAUCGUAAAGAUAAUAUUGCCGCACUUAGAGAACAACUUGCCGCUUUGGAAGCUGAAGAAGCAGCAGCAGCAAAGGCAGCUGAGGGAAGUGUGCCUGGCGAGCAGCCGGAUAAUCUGCAAGCUAAAGACGUGCAUAUUCUGCUGAACAGGGAAGCAUGAGUAUGCUCUCAACACAUCUGUUGCUUA